CGUGAUACCAAUCAUAGUCCAACACACUAUUUUGUCAGUCAACCAAAAUUGUUACAAACCUCAAAGAUGUUCGUUAAUUGCAACAAGAGAAAGGCAUGUUUCACGGCGUUGGGCUUCGUUGGAUUCGCGUUUUUCAUCAUAUUCUUGCUUAUUCCAGCUAUUUGGCGUUACUCGCCUUCUGUUCAAAAGAGUAUGAUAUUUUUGAAUCACGACUAUUUGCCUUCCGUGCAAAAUUACAGUCAUCCGGAAGUAUACGGCAUAUCCGGUACAAGGAAUUUUUACAUCGAUAUAAAUGAUAAUGUAACGUUAGGAGCAUGGCACAUAUUACCAAGUGAUUUGUUAAAACAAUACAAAAAAAAUGAUAUCAAUUACGAAUUGGCUUUGAGUCAUGGAGAACCGAUUAUUAUAUACAUGCACGGCAACUCUGGCGCUCGUUUAAAUAGAUUACGUAUAGAAUUGUACAAAAAACUUCGGAACAUUAAUUACCACGUUAUAGCUGUGGAUUAUAGAAGUUAUGGAGACUCUACAAAGGUCGAUAUCAAUGAGACCGGCCUAGUGUUGGAUGCAAUGGAAACAUUUAAAUGGGUAUAUGUACGCGCUAAAGGAGCUCCGAUUUUUGGAUGGGGCCACUCUCUAGGAACUGGAAUUAGCGCACAUGCGUUUUCUCUGCUGGAAAAAGAAAAUAUCAAUCUUAACGGACUUAUAUUAGAAGCUCCGUUCAAUAAAAUGAGCGAAGCAAUCCGAGAAUAUUCAACCACCAAGAUUAUCCGAUAUUUACCGUGGUUCGAUUAUUUCAUUAUUGACCCGGUAAAUGAAAACGACAUGGUUUUCGACACGGAACAAAAUUUGAAAAAUACGAAAUUCCCCGUGUUGAUCUUACAUGCAAAAGACGAUACAAUACUUCCAUACCAUUUAGGUGUAAAGCUGUACGAUUACAUCAAGAGUUAUCGGAAAAAUACACUAACCGAACUUGUUUUAUACGAUGCCAAGUACGGACUUAAUCAUCAGUUCAUAUGCCGGAGUAAAGACUUUGAGAAGACAAUCAUGAAGUUUGUGGAACAAUCUUUAGAAACGACGGCGUCUCAUCGUCAUGAUCGGAGCACGUACUAACUCGUCGUUAUUAUUAUCAUAUCACACAUAUCUUACGGUUAAGUCGUAACAAAAAAUUUUUAAAAACAUACACGUUGUAUAAUAUAGGUAAUUAGGUAUUAGGUACUCAAUGGUUCCUUCUAGUUAUUAUAAUAUUGUUUGAGUUUAUAGUAUUAUUGUUAAUACUAUAAUUUUAUGAUUAAACUAGCCGAACCCGUGCACUUCGAAGCAUAACAUAAACAAAUUAAAAUAAUAUCAGUGGGUUGUGGAAUUUCUACAAAAUAAUAAAGUUAAUUUUAAAUAUUA